CUUCAUAUUGAAUCUCCACCUUUCGUUUGGCCUUUCCCAGUUCUCAAUUCUCGUAAAAAACUUGGGAGCGAGGAAAAAGAUGGAGAAAAAAAAAAAAAAAUGAAGCUCAAACUUCAACUACUACGGCUAAUAAUUUCAACUUCUCCAAUAAUAUUUCUAACCCUAAACCUUUCAACAAUCUGCUUAUCAUCACCACCACCAGCAGCCGAAAACCCGAUUCCGACCCGGUGGCCGGAGCAGUUCCACGCGCUUUUGUUCAUGAACUUUACCCCCACCGGGGAGCUCCAUUUAGCCGACCUUUGGUACGACUGGCCUAGAGGCCGCAACGUCAACAUUCACCAGAAUCAGCUCGCGAAGAAGCUCCUUUUCGCCGUCGAGUGGAACAACGGCACGUCGUUUUACUACACACUAGGCAACGGCGGCGAUGGCGAUGGCGGGACCUGCGACGUUACGCAAUUCGAGGUCGGGAUUCCCCGGCCGGAUUUCCUGGCCGAGGGAGCCGAGUACCUUGGGACGCAAGUAACGGACGGGUUUCUCUGCCAUGUGUGGGAGAAGGCGGAUUUCAUUUGGUACUAUGAGGAUGUUCUCACCCGUCGUCCCGUCCGUUUUGAUUUUUCUGAUGGCGGAAUAACUAAUCACGUAAUGACGUUUGAGGUUGGUGCAGUUUUGCCAGAUUCAGUAACGCAAGCACCUGCCUAUUGUUUCAAACAAGAUAGCGACGCAUGAAAUGAAAUUUAUCAAAUAAUAGAGGCAUAUAUAUAUGUAUAUAUAUACAUAUAUAUAUAUAUAUUGGAUAAGUCGUGGGAACAUGAACAAUAUGUACUUUUUUUUAAUAAAAAAAGACAGUAUCUUAUUCAACAAAAAAAAAAAAGAAAUUUAC